AUGAGGGAAAACAGCACAGUUUCAAUAAAAUCCAAAUCUUCCACCGGAGCUGUAUAUAUGAAGCCUGUGAAAAAAGUACGGUCAAAGGGUGAAAUUGAAGAGUUUAAAAAAGAAAUUGCCAUGGACGAUCAUAUGUUGCCUUUGGAUGUGUUGGUUCAAAGAUAUAAUACUGAUACAAUGUAUGGUCUCCCUAAAUCACUUGCUCAGGAACUUCUCAUUAUAAACGGGCCUAACUGUUUGGUGGCAUCAGCAGGAAAAUCAAAAUACGCCAUUUUCUUCGGGCACAUUUUUGGCGGCUUCAACGUGCUUCUCUGGAUUGGCGGUAUUAUGACUUUGGUUGGUUAUUUCAUAGGCUACGCAACCGAUAAGGAUGAAGCUGAAAUCGAGAAUAUUUAUUUAGCCGUCAUAUUAAUAGCAGUUGCAUUAUUCACUGGAAUUUUUGGCUUUUACCAGGAAUCAACCAAUAUCGACAUCAUGAAGGGUUUUGCCAAGAUGGUCCCCAAAUAUGCUACAGUUAUACGCGGUGGUGAAAAAAUGGUAAUACCCAGUGAAGAACUUGUGAUUGGAGACUUGAUUGAAAUAAAAUUUGGUGACAUGGUACCAGCCGAUAUGAGAAUAAUAUACUCUCAAAAUUUGAAAAUUGACAACAGUCCCAUCACUGGCGAAUCUCUGGCAGUGAACCGUAGCCCUGAGUGCACCCAUAACAACCCAUUGGAGACCAUGAACCUGGCGUUUUACACCACUUUGGUAGUCGAAGGGACUGGUACGGGUAUAGUUAUCAAAACAGGGGACAACACCGUCAUAGGAAGAAUAGCCGGUCUAACGUCUUCAUUGCAAAAAGACGCGUCUUUGAUAAGCAAAGAAAUAAGAAAGUUUGUCUGGAUCAUCUCGAGCCUGGCUUUUAUCAUCGCCGGAACGUUUUUCAUUGCGUCUAUGUUAAUUGGGUACAACUUCUUUAAAAGUUUCGCGUUCUUCAUUGCCAUAUUGGUAGCUAACGUCCCCGAAGGACUUCCAGUGACUCUAACAGCUUGCCUUACUCUUACUGCAAAAAGAAUGGCCAAGAAAAAUUGCCUUGUCAAGAAGCUCGAGUGCAUUGAGACCUUGGGAUCUUGUAAUGUUAUAUGUUCAGAUAAAACUGGCACCCUCACUCAAAACAAGAUGACGGCAGGUCAUAUGUACUACGACAACCAAGAAGUUAACAUCCUAACUGAUUUCACUAAUGUGAACAAAAACAGUGCGGCCUGUAAGGCUCUAUGUAACGUUGGAAUGCUAUGCAGUAUGGCAACAUUUUAUUAUACUGACAUGCAUUUACCACCGGAUGAGAGAAGAACCUAUGGCGAUGCCAGCGAGUCAGCCAUAUUAAAAAUGAUGGAGAAACUUUGGGGUGACGUAGAUGCUAAAAGAGAGAAUUUUCCAAAGUUCUGCGAGAUUCCCUUCAACUCAUCCAACAAAUAUCAAGUAUCCAUCCACAAGGUUUCAGAUACUGACACUUUCUUGUUAGUAAUGAAAGGGGCGUCAGAACAGGUUCUGGAGAGAUGCACAACGAUGCUUUAUAUGGAUGAAGAAGUGGAAAUUAACAUUCAAAUGACAGUCAUGAUAAAAAAGGCCUUGAUGCGUCUAAGCCACAUGGGCGAACGUGUUCUGGCCUUUGCUGACCUACAGUUGGAUCCUGAAGUCUAUGGGGAUGAAUACAAGUUUAACUCUGAAGUUCCGAAUUUCCCUCUAUCAGAAUUGAGGUUCGUUGGUUUUAUAUCUCUGAUUGAUCCUCCCAGGCCGAGUGUUCCUGAAGCAGUGGCCAAGUGUAGACAAGCUGGUAUUAAAGUUAUAAUGGUUACUGGGGAUCAUCCCAUCACUGCGGCGGCCAUUGCCAAAAAAGUUGGCAUAAUAUCACCAACAAACACCACCAUAUACGACAUAGCAAUGGGCAGGGACAUGUCAGUAUCAGCAAUCAAACGAGAUGGUGUUAGGAGCGAUUCCGCAGUUAUAACGGGAGCUGAGCUACGAGAAAUGGACGAUUUCGAAUUGGAAUUUUAUUUGAGAGAGUACCAAGAAAUAGUUUUUGCCAGGACGAGUCCACAGCAAAAAUUAAAAAUAGUGGAAGCCUUUCAAAAGCUUAAUUUGACUGUAGCAGUUACUGGAGAUGGCGUUAAUGAUUCCCCAGCUUUAAAAAAAGCUAAUAUAGGUAUCGCUAUGGGAAUCACAGGUUCGGACGUUUCUAAGGAAGCAGCUGAUAUGAUUUUGCUGGACGAUAAUUUUUCCUCUAUCGUAACCGGUAUUGAAGAAGGAAGACUAAUAUUUGAUAAUUUAAAAAAAAGCGUAGCUUUCGUACUGACUUCCAAUGUUCCAGAAAUUGUUCCUUUUGUUUUGUUGGUAACAUUGAAUAUACCUACGCCCUUGAGUAUCAUGGCAGUCUUGGUCAUAGAUGUAGGUACGGAUCUGUUCCCUGCGAUAAGCUUGGCGUACGAAAAAGCUGAGGCAGACAUUAUGAUCAAGCCACCCAGAGAUCCUAACAGGGACAGCUUGAUAAAUUGCAAAUUGAUUUACUACGCUUACUUUCAAAUCGGUUUGAUACAAGCCAUAGCCAGUAUGACGUGUUAUUUUAUUCUUCUGGCAGGCCAUGGAUUUUUCAUACACACCAAUUUAAUAGGUAGGUUUGUGUAUAAAAAUGGGGGUUGGAAAUUUGUUGCGGUCGAAUGUCUUUUUUGUCUUUUAAAAGUUGUUAGACAAAAAUUACCAAUUACGAUUACCUUGCAAGCUGUAGAGGCUUUGGCUUCUUGCUAUAGCACGUAUACGUAA